UACAAACUAGUUACAGGAGUAUCAUGAAGUGGGCAACGUGUGGGUUUGGGUUGUUUUGAAAAAAGAAAAGUUACUGCUUCUUCUCAUACUAAGAACUAAUUUAAACUAGUAUUCACAGAUAGGAAAUCCAAGAAUAAGCUACUAAAGAAAAACACUUAAUGAUAUGUCUUUUAACCUGCAACAAUACUGAAGUAUUUAGACCUAGAAAAACUUUUGAAAUUAUUUCAUGUUCUCACUGAUUACAGGCCAUUAUUUUUACUUCUUCCAAGGAAGGGUUCGUUUCUGCUAAAUAAAGCAUGGAACUAAACAGCGUGUAGUGCUUUGCCUCCCGGAGGGCUUAAAUUGAGCUUCGUGCAGCGCAGCACAAGUCACUCUCAUGGUUACGUAACGACAGGCCCACAUUUCCCAUUCUCUCUGGGAGACGCUCUCCUGACGCAGGAAAGCAGGACACGCACCUAAGGGCAGAAGCUACGCAUGCCGCUACCAAGGAAACAGGGAUUUUGAACGCAGCCAAGGAGCAGCGGACAGGAGAUGGUCCAUUUCUUGCUGUGCAGCUGGAUAUUGCUGAAUAACGUGUCUAUGAGCUUGCUGUUCAAUCUGUCUGUUGUUCAGAAUGGCGAAGAACCCUAAUUUCCCAGAAGUGGGGAAUCUGCCUGCAGGUUACGCUCACUGUAGGUCUUCAGACAGCUUCAGUGGCUACCAGUAUCACCAUCCCUCCAAGAUGAGUAACAGCCACCCUCUUCGUCCGUACACGGCUGUGGGGGAGAUCGACCAUGUUCACAUUCUGUCAGAGCAUAUUGGUGCUCUAAUGAAUGGGGAAGAAUACAGUGACGUUACCUUUAUUGUGGAAAAGAAGCGUUUUCCAGCACACAGAGUGAUCCUGGCUGCUAGAUGCCAUUAUUUCAGAGCAUUACUGUAUGGAGGAAUGAGAGAAUCUCAGCCUGAAGCAGAAAUUCCUCUUCAGGACACCACUGCAGAAGCAUUUACCAUGCUGUUGAAAUAUAUUUACACUGGUCGUGCUACAUUACGAGAUGAGAAAGAAGAGGUUCUUCUUGACUUCCUAAGCCUAGCACAUAAAUACGGAUUUCCAGAACUGGAGGAUUCCACGUCUGAGUAUCUUUGCACAAUACUUAAUGUUCAGAAUGUCUGUAUGACUUUUGAUGUUGCCAGUCUUUAUUCUCUUCCCAAAUUAACUUUUAUGUGCUGUAUGUUCAUGGAUAGAAACGCCCAAGAGGUGCUCUCCAGCGAAGGCUUCCUGUCACUUUCUAAGGCUGCUCUUCUAAGUAUAGUACUGAGAGACUCAUUUGCAGCUCCUGAAAAGGACAUUUUCCAAGCUUUGAUGAAUUGGUGUAAACAUAACCCCAAGGAAAACCAUGCUGAAAUCAUGCAAGCAGUACGUUUGCCGCUAAUGAGUUUAACUGAACUUCUGAAUGUUGUAAGACCUUCUGGGUUGUUGUCACCUGAUGCCAUCCUAGAUGCCAUUAAGAUUCGUUCUGAGAGUCGGGACAUGGACCUCAACUACAGGGGCAUGUUAAUACCAGGGGAGAAUAUUGCAACAAUGAAGUAUGGAGCACAAGUUGUUAAAGGGGAGCUGAAGUCUGCUCUAUUGGAUGGAGAUACUCAGAACUACGACCUGGAUCAUGGAUUCUCUCGACACCCGAUCAAUGAUGACUGCCGGUCUGGAAUUGAGAUUAAACUAGGUCAGCCCUCAAUAAUCAACCACAUACGAAUUCUCCUGUGGGACAGAGACAGUCGGUCUUAUUCCUACUACAUUGAGGUGUCCAUGGAUGAGUUGGACUGGAUUCGUGUUAUCGAUCACUCUAAAUACCUCUGUCGGUCCUGGCAGAACCUGUAUUUUCCUGCCCGUGUCUGCAGGUAUAUUCGAAUUGUUGGGACCCACAAUACAGUGAACAAAGUUUUCCAUAUUGUGGCAUUUGAAUGCAUGUUCACAAACAAAUCCUUUACUCUUGAGAAGGGUCUGAUAGUUCCCACUGAAAAUGUUGCGACAAUUGCAGACUGUGCCAGUGUGAUUGAGGGUGUAAGUCGCAGUCGCAAUGCUUUAUUGAAUGGAGACACAAAAAACUAUGACUGGGAUUCUGGAUACACAUGCCACCAGCUUGGGAGUGGAGCUAUUGUAGUGCAGCUGGCACAGCCCUACAUGAUUGGAUCAAUACGGUAAAAGGAUUCAUUUUUCUCUGAACUGGGGGCCACGGGAAUUUUUGCUGAGCAGUUAUUUUCCUUAGAAUGUAUGACAUCUUGAAAUUACAUUAAUUAGGGGGCUAGUUCACUAGUUGUCAUUUGGCUUCUUUACUUAAAUAUAACAGGCAUGUUAAAAAUUAAAUACAUUAAUUAUAUAUAUGUCGAGAUACAUGAAUGCAAUUCCAGAAGAUACUGCUUUUAGGUAUAAAAGAACCAUAACAGCAGUAACAGUCAAAUUAUAAGAUUAAAGUUAUAUACGUAUUUUAAAAUAGAAUUUAAUUGCUGUCUCACUUAUGGUUAAGUAGGUGCAGUUACUCUUAUCCACUUCAUUCUGAAAACAAUUUUCUUAAAGAAAAUCAUCAUGUCAAGUCAGCCAGGCUUCCUUUUUGAUUAGUGCUAGUUCUGACUUAAACAUGGAGGGUGUAAUAAAGGUACAGCAACCUGAAUAUUGAUUUACAAGGCUGGAUUAGUCAAUUUGGUUUGGAGUUCAUUGGGCUGUUUCUACUGUAAAUGUGCAUAUGCAUAUGAAGAUCAAAAUUUUGGCUGAUGUAGAGACUUAGGAAAUGAAUAGGAGAGUGGGAUUUUCCACAGGUGAAAGGAAAAAUAUUCUUGCCAACUUCAGAUUCUCUAUUAAUGUUUUGUGUGUUUGUUUCAUAAAGUCAUACAUACAAAACCUUGCCUUAAUGGCAUCAUGGUCUUUAUAAAUUUAGACUAUGUAGUCAGGGACUUAAUUUGUAUGCUCUGUGACAGUGAAAUAAAGAUUUCUGAAGUUCAGAAGUACCGGUGAUCAAAGGCUGAAAUCACAGGUGAGUACAGGCUCGCAGCAAAGACCAUGUACAUAUUAAGUAUUUCUAGGAGCUCAGUGCCUUCCCCCUGUUAAGAGCUGCCAAGUGAGAUUUGAAAGCUCUUUUAUAACUGCCAGUUUCUGGUCUGUAUGGUUUGGUUUUGGCCUGUGGCAUUGCUAUGAUGGUUGUAAAACUUUGAAGAAAAAGUUUGACAUCAGACAUCCAGGCAAAUCCCUAACCCAACAAAAGUAGUGUUCUGUGUGUAUGCAAGCUGUAGAUGUUAUACAUAAUGCAAGUCUGGCAUUGUUCUCAUUGUGUGAAACAAGUUGAGUAAGUGUGGCUGGCAACUUCCCACAGUCAUUUGAGUUUGGUGAUGUUAAUAUUCUGUUAAAUACUGCAUCUCAAGUAGAAAACCAUGCAGUACUUAGAUUGAAAAUGUAAUUCCACCAUUUUGAUGAGACUUUAACCUUAAGUAGCAGUUAAGGCUUUGGCCAUAUAAAAGAGUAAGAGAAGAAUAUACUAAAAAAAUUGCAUCGUUUCUCAGUUUCUCUGUCUUCCUAUAUUAGUGUUUGCUGUUAUCCUUCAAUUGAUGCAUUGUACCAUCUUUUCAAGUUAGUGAAAAAACCUGACUUCCCUGUAAUAAAUGAUAUGCUGACUCGAUCUUCUCGAGUGUGGCCCGGCUAGCUCAGUGAUGAGGUUUCUCUUCACUCGGGUUUUGAGCCAGCAUAUGUUUGUGGGGUUCACUGAUUUUCUUCAAGAAUUCAAGUCUAUAGAGCGAGUAAAGAAAUCAGGGGAGGACUCUCUCUCUGGUUUGCAUUCCACUGUUUAUUUCUGUGAAGGGGAAUCCAAAGGACGAGAGACCAAGAGUUUGGGGUCUGGGGGGUCCCUUUUAACAGGGUUUCUCAGAGGGAGGGAACAUCAGAGAGAGAACCAAUUAUUUUUCUCAGUUAGUACAUCUUACAAACUUUCUACAAAUCAAGGUUACACACACCAAGAUAAGAAAUAACAGGCACCAAC